AUGACAGAUAAGACUUCAAAAUCAUCGGAAUAUGAAUAUCAAGUACCGGAAACAAAUUUCCCGGCUUCUCCUGAGGUUCAAUUUGAAGUUUUUAGUGAUGAUAGUGUCGAUUACAGUGGACAGUUUAAUCCCGGAAUUAAAUUUAAAAGCGACGUUGAGGCAAUUCAGUGGGCGAAACGAGUUGCCAUUCAUAUUGGGUUCGAGCUGGUUAUUUCUUCACACAAAAAUGGGGGAACACGAAAGCUUUUGAAAUGUUCUCGGGGUGAGCGGUAUAGAGGGCUCAUAAAUUCAAAAUUAUUUAAACGAAAGAAUACGAAGACGAAGGCGUGUAAAUGCCCUUUCGCGAUUAUGGUGCAGUUGAAGGGAGUUGAAUGGAAAGUCGUUGCAAAAUCUGGGAGUACGAGUAUGCAUAACCAUGACUUGAUUGUCUAUCCCGAGGGACAUCGUCAAAUGAGUGGACUGAGUCCCGCGUCCAAACAGAUUGUGCGAGAUAUGAGCACGGCACAGGCUAAGCCGUGUGCUAUUUGGGCGUCCCUGCAGGAGAAAAAUCCAUCUAACAAUCCAACCAGAAGACAAAUUUACAACUAUAGAGAUAAUUUGAGGAGGUCGGGUUUUGAGGGCAGGGACGUGGUAGGCCAGUUUUAUCAUAUGGCUGUGGAGGGCCGUUAUGUGCAUUGGACGCUUGCCGAUUCGGAAACUAGUGCGUUGACUCACAUUUUUCUGGCGCAUCCAAAUUCAGUGAGGUUACUCCGAGACUACCGCUGGAUCAUCGGUAUGGAUUCCACCUACAAGACUAACAAAUACAAAAUGCCUUUCUUUGAGAUUAUCGGGAUGACUCCGUGCAACAAGAACUUUAUUAUUGCGUAUGCAAUUAUAAAAGAUGAGACUCAUGAGAGUUAUAGAUGGGUAUUAGAGAGACUGAGGCUCUUGAUUGAUGAUGAUGUCCACCCGACAGCUAUUGUUACUGAUCGAGAGUCAGGGCUAGUUAGACCAGUGGGAGAGGUAUUCCCACGUACUUCUCAUCUACUUUGCACGUGGCACAUCAACAAGGAUGUGGAAGACAAAGUUUUCAGAUUAUGUGGGUUAGAUAGAGGCUAUGCAGAGGCAUUCAAGAACGGAAGGUGGAAAAACAUUAUUGAAGCUCCCACCGAGACAGAGUAUAAGGCGGCUGUGAUUCUCAUGAGAAAUCAAACUAGAGCAUUUCCGGCUGUGGCACAAUAUGUUGAGAAGACAUGGUUGGCACACAAAGAAAAGUUCUGCUGCGCGUGGACGAAUAAUGUGAUGCAUUUUGGAAACACCACUACAUGUAGAGUGGAGAGUGCACAUGCUCAGCUGAAGCAGUGGCUUAACUCUAGUACCGGUUCACUGGAUACAGUGUGGACGAAGGUGGAUAUGGUUAUACAGUCACAGCUCAGCGAGAUUCGGUUCACACUCGAGCAGUCAAGGCGGAAUGUAGGCUCCCGACGUCAGGGUUUUCCAUUCAACUACCUGUCGUGCAAAGUCUCACAUUAUUGUCUGGAUUUAAUUGAUAAGGAAUUGGAGCGUAUGAUAGAUUUGAGUACCGAUGUUCAUGAUCAAUGUGGCUGUGUGCUGAGGUCGACACAUCAGAUUCCAUGUGCCUGUGAGCUGAGAGGAGUGAUUGAUUCAGGUAUCCCGAUCAGUGUGGACAGUAUCCAUCCCUUUUGGAUGCAACUUGUUAUUAGUGAUGGGGUGGACACAUCCAAACAGGCUAGGUGUGUUGUUGAGUCAGAGGAUCUCCAGUAUUUUCGAGGGAUCGUUGGGGAGGUGAUGACUCAGGAUCGCUCUGUGAUUCGCGAUAUAUCCCUUAUGAUCUACGAUCGACUCCAUCCAGAGGAAUCAAGUUACGGUGAACCCGAGGUGAAAACCGAUGUCAAAGGACCGAAGCAGAGUAUCUGUUAUGGCACUUCAACAUGCCUCUAA